AUGAAUGUUGAGGAAUAUAGACAUCAAGUUGGUGGUCAUUGUAAAUUAAUUAAACCGAAGGAUUCAUCAAAAGUUUAUAAGCCAUUAAUAGAAAAUGAAUAUAUAUUUUAUGAAAAAUUAACAAAUUUUCGUUCUUCUUCUGCUGAAUCUGGACCAUUACAUAUUUUAAAAAAGUUUAUUCCUAAAUUUUAUGGUGUCACUGAAAUAGUCAUUGAAUCUUAUUCUGAUCUUGAAGAUAAGAAUUUAUGUCCAUAUUCUAAUAAUAUCAAAAAUAAUAAAGAAAAAAAAAAUAAAUAUAAAAAGUAUAUAAAGUUGAAUAUAAAGGAAGAUGAGAAAAAAUUGAAAGAGAUGAACAAAGAUAAUGUUGAAAAUUUAGAAAUUGAAGAAAAUGUAAAUAAUCAGUGGAUAGAGAAAAGUAAAAAUGAAGAUAAUAACAAAAAAAAUUUAAGUGGUAAACAUAUUGAUAUAAAUGAUGAAAUCAUAGAAAAAAAUGAAUUUGAUGAAAAAAAUGAAAAUAUACAUAAUACGGACAGUAUAAAGAAAAAUGAUAAUAUAUAUAAGAAAGUUAGAAAAAGGAAGGAGUGUGUUCCUCAUAUUGUUUUAGAAGAUUUAGUAUAUGGAUUUAAAAGACCAUGUGUAUUAGAUAUAAAAAUGGGGAAAAGACAAAGAAAAAUAGGUGCAUCAUUAGAAAAAAAAAAAAGGCAAGUAGAAAAAAGUUUUAAGACAACUAGUCAUUCUUUAGGUUUUCGAUUAUGUGGGUGUCAAAACUAUAAUAAAUUGAGCGAUACUUUAUUUUAUAAAGAUAAAUACUGGGGAAGAAAAUUAAGUAAAGAAAAAAUUCCAUGGGCUAUUAGAAAUUGGUUUUGGAAUGGAUGUUUGUUAUAUGAAGAAUUAAUACCUCUUUUGUUAGAAAAACUACAUAGUUUUUUUAAUUGUAUUGUUGAGUUAAGACAUUAUCGAUUUUGGUCUUCUUCCUUAUUGUGGGUUUUUGAUGGAGGAUUAAAUGAUAAAAAAGCGAGAUCUAAUUCAUUAGAUAUUAGGAUGAUUGAUUUCGCAAAUACUAUAUAUUUACAAGACAAUCCUUCUCCAGAUGAUGAAUAUAUUUUCGGUUUAAAAAAUUUAAUUGAUUCUAUUCAAAUUUUAAAUAAUUCAAUUCAUAAUAUAUAUUUCUUGCCAUAUGAAAUUACUACAUGUUUUUAUUCAGAUAACUAUAAUACAAGAGGGAUUUGGGAAAAUAGGAUUUUCAAGAAAUCGAAAUCUGUUAUUUUUGAAGAAAAGAAAAAAAAAAACAAAAAAACUGUUUAUAUAAAUUUUGAAUUUUUAAAAAAUACUAAAAAGAAAAAAAAAAAAAAAAAUGAAAUCCCAACUAUAAGUAACUCAGAUUACUUAAUUGAAGAAGAUUUAAAUAAAUUCUCGCAAAAAAAAAAAAAAAAAAAAAAAAUUCAAAUUAUAAGUAAUUCAGAUUACCCAAUUAAAGAAGAUAUAAAUGUACAUGCAUAUAAUAAAAAUGAAAAUAACAAAACAUAUCAUAAAGGAAUUAUAAGUACUGAUAUGAAAAAAAGCAUAGGUAACUUAGUUAAUAAUGAUUUAAAUGAGACAAAGAUAGAGAGUUGUGAGUAUAAUGAUAUUAUGUUCAUGCAAAAUAAGAAUGAUACAAGAAAAAAUGAUACAGAUAAGAUGAUAGAUACACAAAUGUAUGAUGAGACAAAUAAAUUGUCACAAGAAAUUUUGAAAGAUUCUAUUACUAGAAAGUUAGAUGAUAAUAAAAAUAUAGAGGCAUUAUAUAAUAGAUCAAAUUAUAAGAGUAAAAUAGAAUUAAUAAUAGAAGAACAUAUAGGUAAAGGCAUUGAAAAAUGCUAUAAAAAUGAACAAAUAGAAGUUGAAGAAAAAGAAAAUAAGAAAGUCGACUCAUUGAAAAGCGAAAAAGAUAACUAUGGAGAAGAAAGAGAAAAAAAAAAUGAAAUAAAAUCAUCUAACUUGUUGAACCAAAGUGGUAUUUUCAAUUCUUAUAUAGAAUACAGUAAUCAAGCUAUAGAUAAAGAAAGAUUAAAUACAUAUGAAGAAAAAAUGACAGAAAUAAAAAAUGAUAGUCAUAAUAAAAAUAUAAGUAAUAUUAAAAGGUCAAAAUAUAAUAAGGAAGUAGAAAUUGGAUAUAUUGAUACUAAUAAAAAAUAUUUAAAUAAUUUUCCAUUAUCAAAGAAUCACGAUAAAAAAAGAAGUACAUCAACAUUAUUAUCAAAGAAUUAUAACAAAAAAAUUAACACAAAAUUAAAGUAUAACAAAUCAUAUGAUAAAAUAAUACAUGAAACUAUUAUUAGAACUCUAAAAAUUGUUUCAAAACUUAAUAAAAAAAUUCAAAAGAAAAUAGGAAAUUAUUCUGAUGCUAUUUCUAAUUCAGAAAAUAAUAGGUAUAUUAAGAAAUACAGUGAUGAUUAUUCUAAUAGGAUUCAAAAGAAUAAUAAAAAUGAUGGUGAAGAAAAUAGUUAUGAAAUGGAUACACUAAAUGAUAAAUAUAAGAAUGAAAGUAUCUUUAAUCAAUUUAACAGUAACAGUGAUGUUAUAAAUUAUAAAAAUAAUAAAAAUAAAAAAUAUUAUGAGGUGAAUAAAGAAUCAUCAAAUUUAAUUAAAGAAAAAGGAACAAGAAAUAAGGAAAAUGGCGAUGAAAUGAGAGAAAAUUAUAAAAAUGGAAAUGAUUUCAUUUAUUUUAGAAAUACAAACUACAAGAAGCAUACGAAUGAUAAAAAUGUGUAUAAUUUAUUAAUCAGCAAUAUAAAAAAAGAAAAUUCAUUUAAUUACAUGAUCAAAAAUAGUGAUAUAAAAAAAAAAAUUAUGUACACGAGUGUUUUAAAUAAAAAUAUAAACCUCAAAGUAUUGAUAAAUCGAAUUAUUAAAAUGGAAAUAGAAAAAAAAAAGAAGGAAGAAAAUCGUCUAUUAAUAAAAAAUAAGAGACACAUUAAUUUAAAAAGUUUAUGUAUGAGUAAUUUUUCUGAUAGCAAUAAAGAUAUCAUAGAAAUACAAAACAAAAUAAAAAAAAUGAAAAUAAAAAAAAGUGUGUUGAAUAAAAAUUUAAACAAUAAGCAAAAUGAAUAUUUAUUUAAAAAUAACCAAUAUUUGUUAAAGUAUUUAAAUUAUAACUCGGAUUCAAUAUUAAUUUCUAAAAGUAUAAAAAACUACAAUUCAAAGCAAAAACUAAAAGAAAAGAAUAAUAUAUAUAAAAGAUGUAGUUCUUGUACAGAUAUGUUAUUAAGUAUUAAGAAAGGGAAGAGAAAAAAAAAUAAAAGAAAUAAAAUAAGGAAAUUGCUUCUAAGAAAACUGAAUGUAUUUUCAAAUGUUAAAGGCAACAUUAAAAUAAAUAAAAAAAAAGUUUUUAAUAAUAAUAUUAGCAAUAAAUUGGAUUUGACACAUAUGAAUAAAAAAUUAGGAAAUACUUUAUUUCAUAACCUUUCCGAUGAAUUUAAUGUAUUUAAUUCUGAAUAUAAAAGUAACUUUUAUUUUGAUGAAAUUUCUCAUCAAAAAGGGAAUGAUUCUAUUAAAAAAAAGUAUUUCGUAAAUGAAAUGAGAAGUAAAAAUUUAAUAGUUCCUUUAACAGAAACUAAUGAAAAUUAUAAAUAUCUACGUAGAUCCUUAUCAGAACCAAAUUUUUAUAAAUUUAAUCAUUUUAGAUGUGUAAAUAAUGAUUUUUAUGACAAUAAAAUCAAUUACAAUAAUUUAAUUAAAAACAGAUUAGAUAAAUUAACUAAAGUACCAAUUUAUAAUCAAAUAUAUGGAUUUUCAUCUAAUUCGAGUAAUACAUAUUCAUCUGAUUAUUCUUUUUAA